AUGGUCCCUGACAUGGACAUGAAAUAGGUGCUAUGCUUUUGGUUUGGUGUUCGUCUGUUACCUCCCUCUUCUUCAGCUCCCCUGUUCCCACUCAUGAUGGCUCUCGUACCAUGGACUAAUUAAAUUUUCUCCUAUGGCAGCUCCCUAGUGAAAUGGAGGGCAAGAAGGAUGUUAUUAGGAUCGCAUAUAUUCCCAACGUACCAGAAAUGGCACAUCUUGGUGGAGUUCCCCAAGUGUCAUUUGCUGAUGAAAACUACGACAAGCAUAUUUCAAUCGCAUCUAGUAUCUCGACUGGAGUCCUAGACGAGGCCGUCCUCAUGGCCAUCAACAAGAAGGCUACUCCAAAAAUUAUGCGUCUCAACAACAUCAAGGCCAAGAACAGCGAGAUGAUCCAAAAAUCCAACAACCUGUACUCUUCCAACUCUCUCAAGCGAACUCAGUCCCAGAGAAGAACCGCUGAGGCCAGGAGGCUUGAAACCGGAGCACAGGCGGAGGCAGGUAGAAAGGAAGAGGUCCCCGAGACAUUUUUUACAGAGGGUCAGGCGUGCGAAGGUUACGACGCAAAAAAUCGACAGAAGGAGCAACAACAGUAUACACCAACAGUGAUGGUAACGGCACCCUCGACGCGUUCCUCGGCUCAGUCCAUGGCGUCCGGCAAACGUAAACCUAGGCCGCCAAACAUGGUCUUGGAACCCCGCCCUCUUCACCCAAGCUAUCAUGUUAGUCCGACUUCAUCAUCGCCUGCACCCAAAUCCGAAUCUGGCCAUGCGAUGCCCACCAUGAUGUCCGAACCCAUUCUGGCAAGAGGAUCCUCGACGCCAUCUACACCUGCGCCGACCGCACUGGUUUCGCUACUGGCAUCAUCCCCGUCCACGUCUUACGUCGCUUCACCUUCGUCCCCACCACCGCCACCAGCAUCAGCCCCAGCAUCAGCCCCAGUAUCAGCCCCAGCAAGGCUCGUCCCGCCACCUAAGAGCUACACUCUCGAUCGAUCGGAUCACCAAGCCGAGACCCUUGAAGGCAAUGGUCAAUUGGAUCCAUGGAUCGCCAGUAUCAUGGCCCGGCACUUUGAUUACAUGGACAGCGAGUUUAGCGGGGAUUAUGGCAACGGUGGGAGGUACGCGACCGGCGGUCGACCAUUGGCAGCAGUAAGGAACUCGACGUUCUCAACGUAUUCGGAUGCAAGAUCGACAAUGACGCGAGGGGAUGGAGAGGAGAUUAUGAUCUUUUGGGAUGGCCAUCGGGGCUCGAGGGCGUCUACUAUGUAUGGGAAUUGAAUGGAAGGCAUUUGAACGAGAGAUAUCCACUGUACAGAAACCGACCUUUGGCACACAACACUACACGACGCUGGACGUUUGGAAGAAUCCUCCUACGGCAGCUGAGGAAAUCGUGGUAGAUCGCGAGAAGUAGCGGUGAACAAUAUUUUAGCAUUCGCACAAUUUAUGAUACCCACUCCAUCCAACUUGCAUUUCGCCCUUCUACGCACUUUUUAAACAGCCAACCAGUAAUAAAAAAUAAAACAUAAAAAAGACAUUGUAAC